UCCAAGAUGGCGGACGGCGCGCAAAAGUGAAGACUUUUUGAAACAUUUAUAAUUAUUUUAUUUUUGACCUCAAAAUUUUACCAGUUUAACCCGGAUUAGAUUAUAUGUUUCAAAGGCUUUCGUCACUGCAAGGCCCGUAGCUAGGGGGGGUGCAGGGGGUGCGUUCGAACCCCCCCCACACGAGCUAAAGGUCCGCUUUUUAAGCAAGUGAGAUAUUGGCUGAAGCAGCAUGGGUAUAUUAUCAGAUACUAGAGGCAGAAAGCAGGCUGGAAUAUUGCUCGCCAAACACUACACCAAACUAAGCAUUCUGAGUUAUUUGGYUGGUAUAAUCUGGUUUUGUGUGCUAUCAGAUUCAUCAUUCAAUAGCAGAACAUAUUUUUCUGAGAAUGCACUUUUACCAGGUCAAGUUCAGUCCGAGUACCACAACCAGAAGAUGGCUAGGAGAAUAUUCACAGAGCUUGAAAACAUGAAUAAAGAUCAGCUAAAGACCAUCCCAAUGGACUGGCUUUCCAGAAAAAUGUCAGAGAUUGGCCUGCAAACCUACCGACAAAAUUUCACUGUCCAAGUUCCUUUACCUGGUCCAAAUGAUCCUGGGGUCAUACAGGGCACCAAUGUGUAUGGUGUUCUUAGGGCACCAAGGAUUGCUGGCACUGAGGCAGUUGUGCUUUGUCUGCCUUAUCGCCAUGGCAACAACAAGGGAGCACUAGCACUAAUGUUAUCACUAGCUGAUCAUUUUAGAAGUAAAAGCUAUUGGGCCAAGGACAUCAUUUUUCUAGUGACAGAUGAAGGUGCUCUUGGAAUGAAUGCCUGGUUAGAAGCCUAUCAUGAUAUACCUAAUCAAUACAUCAAGUCUCUUCCACUGGAAUCCCACUCAGGGGCCAUCCAAGCGGCUAUCAACCUAGAAAUCACCUCAAGCUCAAUUGGUAGGAUCAACAUCCUAGGCGAAGGACUAAAUGGUCAACUGCCGAACUUAGAUCUUAUCAACAUGGUGGACAGGUUAUGCAGAAAAGAGAUGAUCCCUUCCAUCCUACACACCCAGGAAUACCACCCAUACUAUAGCGACAUGCGCAGUCCUGUACACGAAUUGGUUUCCAUGGUGAUGAUGAUGUUUAACCAAGCGUCAGGUCUUCCUUCAGCCAAUCACGGCUUGUUUCAUCGGUAUAGGAUCGAGGCUGUCACAGUACGUGGAGUAAAGGAAAGUGACCACUCUAACUUUGAAUUCGAAAAUAUGGGAAGGGUCAUAGAAGGAAUAUUCCGGAGCCUAAACAAUUUACUAGAGCGCUUCCAUCAGUCCUUUUUCUUCUAUCUUCUACCAGCCCAUCAUCGAUAUGUCUCCAUUGGGCUGUAUAUGCCCCCGUUUGGCUGUAUGCUGGUAGGGCCCCUGCUUUCGGCCAUCGUGUUUUGGAUCCUCGCUGGAGAUCCAAAUAUAGAAUCUGAUACCAAGAAGAAACAUGUUCUUAAARGUUCGGAGGAAAAUGAAAGUAAGAAGGAAAAUGAGAGCGGAGAAAUAGAAAAUAAAAAGGAAGGAGAAGAAAAACGGGAAGAUGGCGAGGAAAUUGUCCAGAACUCUGACCAAACAAGCAAAGAAAUUGACGAGUUAGUACUGAGAGAAAAGGUUGGUUUUUCUUGGAGCCCACAGCAGGUCAGCAGUGUUUUCCCUGUUGUCAUGGCGACCCAUUUGGGUGGUGUCCUGUUGUACUAUAGUCCAGUGAUAGGGUAUUCAGUAGGCGUUGCCAUGGAGCAAGAUGGUCUGGCUGCUUCUCUAGUUUCUCUCUUCUCUGUAUUUGGGCUUAUAGUAUUGGCUCCAGUUUUCCAAAGCUUCUUGUCGCCCAAGCCGCCAUUAGAGUACCUAUACCUUGUCAAGUGUGUGGCUUUUGUGUUCUUUUCCGCCACCAUGGCUUCCAUCGCCGCCAUGAAUUUUUCUCUGGCUUUUUUCCUGGCCGUUUUGAGCAUUCCUGCCUACUUGUAUGUUGGUCCUACGCAAAGCAGCCUACGUCGAGUGUCUCAGAUACUCCUACUUUUACUCGCUUCGCCGCCUGCAGUUCUCUUCUGGCUUUGUCUGGCCUAUAACACCAUAUCGAUGGGAGAAAACAUUGAUCCUGGUCGCCUAGUAAAGGUAACCAUGGAUACUAUGUAUCGUGCAAUCAUAUCUGCUUUAAGAGACUCACAUCUCCUCGGAACGUGGUCGUUUGUGUUAGCAUGUUUAUGUGUGAUGCCUCAUUGGUCCUUGUUCUGGUAUAUGGCUUGGCAGUAACCAUAGAUACGGUAUAUUGCUCUGUCAGUUUGCUUGGUGGCCAAGCCUCGUAGUUGUUUAUUAGGACCUGGGGCGAGAAUAGCAACAUAUGACACAAGAAUGUAAGAAAAGUUUUUUGAAAGUGGAGUCAUAACAAGAUAAUCUGCAAACAAGGAUGAAUAGCCCACUUCUGAGAUAUGCUUCGAUUGUCCCUGCUUGCAGAGUUUCUUCUCUUUCUCUCCCUUCUUUAGGCGGGGAGGAGGGAGACUGCCGACGUAGAGCGUUUCCUUUGAUACAGCGCCGUCCAGCAUCGUGGAUGAUCAAAACCAGUUUUAAAACCGGUUUUUAACCGGGUACAUGUAAUGCGCAUGAGCAAAUAUGACACACCGUGGCGCCGAACGGUGUUUGACGAGAGCGGCUGUCAAAAUCAUGACAGCGUUGCUAAGUUACGCCACGCAGGCGCGACAAGUAUAACGUCUUUUUUUCUCACUCCGCCAAAACAAAGGAAAAUAGACUCUGCUAGCAGGAAAGCUUCGCUUGUGCCUCACAAAGGUUUCAAUGUGAGGCUUCGUGAUCAAGAGAAACUAUAAUAAAUUUCAUAUGCCACGUAGCCUCGUACUGAAACCGUUGUUCGUGACAAGCCAAGCAUAUUUCAGAAGUGGGCUAUUAAAACUUGAGUGUUCUAUAUGAUGGCUUAAAGCCUUGUUUCGUAGUACGCAACGACAAGUGCCACCCACUGAGUCCCGGCAUUCAAUGCUUUCUUUAUCACCAUUACAUAUUUUGGUGUCCCUGGGUGCAAGGCUAGUGAUGUACGAUAUUUUUUCCCUCGCUAAAGUUGGUUCGUUCUCUCUACUGACCAUUUUCCUCGCUUCUAUGACUGAAAAAGUCGGAAUGCUUGACGUAGGCUAAUCUUUCUAGAUAACCAGGGAGGCUUUGAAUAUUAAAGUCCCUAUAUUUGCGAGUAUUGAUGUAAAAUUAUCGUAAGUCUAUUAAUUAGAUUAAAAACUAUAAGUAAUCUUAGGAUAAAUAUCUGAUCAAUAAACGAAAAAGAACUUUUUAUUUCA